UUAUUCCGAGCACAUAACAACUGGUCAUGCUGUGAUAUAUUUAUAAAUAUUCAUCUUGGAUUACAUCGUCGAAUGUGCCGUGCCCUUCACGGUAUGACUUGAGGCUAUUUAGCUAUUUCAAUCAGUUCGAGCGACCAUGUAAAAGGUCUUUCCUUCAUACGUGUAAGUUAUUUGCUAUGUGAUAAAAUAAGUACCAGUGGAGCACUGGUGUUGAUAUAAUGGAUUAGCCCCCUCCCCUAAAACUUAAGGCUUUGUGCCAACACUAGUUCGGAAACAAGUUAGUUGUUCUGAACGUACUAAAUUAUGUUGGAGACUUCUAGCCUAUGUCACCGGUAAUUUAGUCAAGGGAACAUUUAUCAACAACACCGUCGGAAUUUGAUUGUCGUGACUUUACCUUACUUAAAUAUGUUAUGUAAAUAAUAAGAGAUCCAUGUUAUAAAGGUAAGAAAUUAUAUGAUAAUAGAUUAUACUGACAGCUAAUUCUAAACUUUAAAGAGUUCCUCGAAAAUUAAUAUGGAGAACAUUAAUCUCUUGGACGCUUCCAACACUUCAGUUUUUACUAAUACAGACUCAGUUACGGAAAAGCGAACACCGAAGAAAAAUCAUACCAGAAAAAAUUAUACGGAGACUAACAGUAGUGAAACGCCUUUAUGUACUGAAACAUUUACUAAACAAGCAUCAACGGAGAGGAAUAUACCGGAAUAUUGCUGUGAGCUUUGUAAGAAGACCAUUUCUACAGGAUAUGAAGUUUUCACGGACGAACAUACAGAUAAUAGAGAAAAACGCUUGUAUUGCGAAAUAUGUGGAAAAUAUUUUGUUUCUAACAUUAUAAUACACAAAAAAGCGAACACCGAAGACAAAUCAUACCAGUGUAAAAUAUGUGAGAAAUCUUUUAUUACUAAUUCGAAUCUUGUUAUUCAUUUACGUAGUCACACAGGAGAAAAACCUUAUCAUUGUGAUAUCUGUGGCAAAUCAUUUUCUUUUACCACUAGCCUUAUAGUUCAUAAACGUAGCCAUACUGGAGAAAAGCCUUAUCAUUGUGAGGUAUGUGGUAAGUCUUUCGUCACUAAUGGUUGUUUGGUGCGACAUAAAAGAAUACACAGUGGAGAAAAACCGUAUCACUGCGAAACGUGUGGAAAAUGUUUCAUUGAAAAUUCUAAGCUUACAAUACACAAACGUAGUCACACUGGAGAACAACCGUUCCAGUGUGAAAUGUGUGGGAAAUACUUUGUGUCCAGUAGUAAUUUAAUAACACACAAAAGAAUACAUACUGGAGAAAAACGUCAUUGCUGUAAAAUUUGUGGGAAAUCUUUUGUCAAUAAAAGCGAUUUAAACAGACACGAAAGAAUACACACAGGAGAAAACCAGUUUCACUGUGAAAUAUGCGGGAAAUCUUUCAUCGAAAAUUCUAAACUUACCAUUCACAAACGUAGACACACUGGAGAAAAACCUUAUUGCUGUGAUAUCUGUGGGAAGUCUUUUGUCGGUAAAAGUGAUCUAAAAAGUCACGAACGCGUACAUAGUGGAGAAAAACCUUACUGUUGUGACGUUUGUGGGAAGUCUUUUAUCCAUAAUAGUAAACUAACAACACACAGAAGGAUACAUACAGGGGAAAAACCUUAUCUCUGUAGAAUAUGUGGAAAAUCGUUCUCUGAUAAUUCUAAUUAUGUAGUUCAUAAACGUAGUCACAUUGGAGGAAAGUCUUUCCACUGUGAAAUAUGCGGAAAAUCUUUUGUUAAUAAUUCGAAUCUUGUUAUCCAUGUACGUAGUCACACUGGAGAGAAACCCUAUCACUGUGAGAUAUGUGAGAAAUCGUUUAUCACUAACCGCCUCUUGAAAACCCACAGAGAGACACACAUUUGUGAGAAGACUUAAAUUUGAAAGCUGAGAAAUCUCUCUGCAGAUUUAAACUUAUAGUCAGUCCAUCAACAACUGUAUACAGAACAUUUAUUUUGGUGAAAUUUGUGGCGAAUCAAUUAUCACUAACUACCUCUUAAAAGCACACAGACAAACCCACAUUGGAGAGAAGACUUUUAAAUCAGAAAUGUGAGAAAUCCUGCAGAUUUAAAAUUAAAGUCAAUCCAUCAACAACUGUAUAGAGAACAUUUAUUUUGGUGAUAUAUGUAGGGAAUCAUUUCUCAUUAACUGCCCCAGAAGACUUUCAAAUCUGAAAUGUGAGAAAUCCUUCUAUAGAUUUAGACUUAUAGUCAAGUCCAUCAACAACUAUAUAGAGACUAUUUUUAAACUCUCAUUUUGUAGUCCUCAAAUGUGUCCUCUUUUGAGAGAAAGCCUUUCACUGAAAUGUUUAGGAAAUUUCUUUAUUUGUGAAUAAUAAACUUAUAGUUAAUGACCAAAUAUACACUAAACAAAGAAUGCUAGAUCAGUGUGAUAUAUGUAUACAAUCAUUCAGUAGGAACUAAAUCUGUAUUGGUAAGGAACCAGAGGACAAAAUUAUUAUGGGAAUUAUGUGGUAAUUGCUUUCUAAGUUGUUUUGGAAUCACCUUUUACACUUAGAAGAAGAGAGAAAGAGCUAUUCAUUGUUUAAAUUUUGUUAGACAAACACAAUCUCAUUAAAUAUAUGAUAGAAAGCAGAUGUGAAAUUUAUGUUAAAUCUUACCAUUGAAAUUUGUGACUAAUUAUACAUAUUUAUAUGUAAAUAAAAAUCUUUUAAAUUUUAUAUUAUAAACUUUAAAACUACAUUUGUAGGAAUAUGUCAUUUUUUAAAAUCGAAUAACCUCUGAAAAUGCUAUUUAUGACAAAAUAGUUUCUGUACAUUACUCAAAGUGAAAGACAAUGGCUUCAACAUCUUAGACUUAACUCAUUAGCAUUUAAAAGCAACUCUAAAACAUUCAACCUGUUUUAUGUUCAAACCUGCGAUCUGGAUUAUCACACCUAUAAUGUCAUUGUAGAAAUACAUAAUCUUAUUGAAAUCUUGAAGCUACAAGAUAAUACAUGAUUAAUUCAAAAGAAUGGGAAUCAAUAAGCAUUACAUUUGACAGAAUAGUUUGGAUGUUAAAAGGUUAAGUUAGAGCAUUUCAAUAGUUUGGUUUUUGUGAUAGUUUCCUUACUGCUUCAUUAAUUGGAUAGAAUUCUGCAUGUUGGUGGACAGUUUAUAUUUUCAAUCUUUGGUGGUUUAUCACGACAGCCAUGGUUGGAUGUUGGUUGCCUAGCACCAUAUUUUUGUAUAUUUGUUGCUGUUCUUAAACAUCAAGUCAAUUAUUAUUUUGAACAAAUAUUGCACUAUCAUUCAACUAUGGUAGUAGUUGAAUAAUAUUCUUCAGGCUGCAAUUUACUCACACGCAGUACCUUUCAGACUUUGUCGGUAAUUCAGUUCUUAAUCAAAUUGAAAACUGUUAACAUUUUUGAAGAGGAUUGGUCCCUAACUACAUUUUAGCAUUAAAAAAAUUGAGAUUUGGUCCAGUAGAAAAAAAGUUUACAUCAAAAUUUGUGGCAAUGUUGUACGAGAGUAAGUUUAGAUCCAAAUAACUUUUUUUUAUUUCAAAAGCAAAAUAUAUUUAUCUUAGCUUCAAUGAUAGAAAAAAGCAUGAAGAAUUUCAUAGUUUUGGUCCCAUGCAACAAAAAUUUGUGAGGUAAAAUAUGAAAAAAAUACAUGUAAGGCAAAAAAUUGGAUUUAAGUAUAGUUAACUUUUUUUUUAUUUUAAGGAAUUUCAUAGUACCAAUCUCAUGCAAUGAAGUUUUAAAAGAAAAAAGUUAUGAGUGUUUGUUUCUCAAAUUUGAGGGUGAUAAUAUAAUUCUAUACUUUUUAUGAAUAUAGUUCUAUAAGGAGACUUUUAAUAUAUGUGAUGGCAUCAUUGAGGUAAGGAAAAAAAUUAUCAAUGACACCGCUAAUUUGCAAUUGAGUUUAUUUACGUCAUCUGUAUUAAAAAUUAAAAUAUUAUUUAGAAAUUUAUUAUUCAAUUUUCAAUAAGGUAAAAUCUUAAAUUAUUAAUUGACACAUUAUUAAUUAGCAUAAUAGCAUAGCCUGGAAAAGUACAGGACAAGUUAU